AUGGCGUAUGUGGAGGUGGGUGGUCCAGCACCUGGCUCAAUGGUGAAGGUGGCUGAAAAUGGCGGCCAUCCGAUGGGUCCUGGCAAUGUUGAACAACACCUGACUGUCAGCGGCUGGAUCCUCAUCAAGGAACUCCACAAUUCACUGCUUGCCAGGUUCAACAACAAGCUGCUCUCUGGGCCUGGCCGGCUGAUCUUGCUCGCCUAUAUUCAAUUGAUUUCCCAGGACUACAUGAAGCUCAACAAGCCCUUGUUGGCCCAAAAAGAGCUCUUGUUCUCCUUCGACCCUCUCCUUAGAUAG